UUUAUAAACCUUUGGUAACUCUUCCAUCGUUCCUCCUCUCUCUCUCGCACUCACUCAUCGAAAGAAGGGAAGAAAGAAGAAGGAUCUUUGUUUUCGCUCUCUUCUUCUACUUUCGAUCUUUGUGAUGGCUGCCGUUAAUGGGUACCAAGGGAAUACUCCUGCCGCAGAUCCUCCGGCGUCAAACGGAUCAAAGCAAUCUGCGCCUCCGACUAAGACUGUUGACAGCCAAUCUGUUCUCAAAAGGCUGCAAUCUGAACUCAUGGGAUUGAUGAUGGGUGGUGACCCGGGAAUCUCUGCUUUCCCAGAGGAAGACAACAUCUUCUGUUGGAAAGGGACGAUAACUGGAAGCAAAGACACUGUCUUUGAAGGAACUGAGUACAGGCUCUCCCUCUCCUUCUCCAAUGACUAUCCUUUCAAACCUCCAAAGAUCAAGUUCCAGACUACUUGCUUCCACCCCAAUGUUGAUCUCUAUGGCAAUAUCUGCUUGGACAUUCUUCAGGAUAAAUGGUCAUCUGCUUAUGAUGUGAGGACGAUACUACUAUCGAUUCAGAGCCUUCUGGGAGAACCGAACAUCAGCUCACCAUUGAACACUCAAGCUGCUCAGCUCUGGAGCAACCAAGAAGAGUAUAGGAAGAUGGUUGAGAAGCUCUACAAGCCUCCCAGUGCAUGAUUUCAUGAUAUCAUAAUAUGAUUUUCCAGAAGAAAGAAUAUGUAUUUCAUUUUCUUUCUUUGUUUAUCAUCAACAGUUUUAUCUGUAACCUUUACCUUGAUUACCUUUGAUUAUCAUAAUAUAGUUUUCCAUAAGAAAGAGUGUGUAUUA